AUGCCCGAUAUUAUAGUCGCAAGCUAUGAUACGGCUACUGUCGGUGUUUUCCUUAACUUAGGCAACGGCAGUUUUCUUGCGCAAGUUACUUACUCAACUGGCUCUGGUCCAAACGCAGUUGGAAUAGCGGAUGUGAAUAGUGAUAGUAAACCCGAUAUUAUUGUCGCAAACCAGAACUCGAACAACGUCGGUGUUUUUCUUAACACAGGCAAUGGUACAUUUCUUUCUCAAACUACUUACCCAGCUAGUACUAAUCCACAUACAUUGACACUAGUCGAUGUAAAUAGUGAUACUAAACCCGAUAUUAUUGUCACAAAUUAUGGUGGAUCCAGCGUCAGUGUGCUGUUUAAUGCAGGCAAUGGCACGUUCCUUUCUCAAAUCUUGUAUUCAACUGGCAAUGGUCCAAGUGGAGUUGUAGCAGUGGAUGUGAAUAGCGACAACAAACCUGACAUUAUUGUUGCAAACUAUGGUUCGGCUACUGUCAGUGUACUCCUUAAUGUAGGUAAUGGUACGUUUCUUUCUCAAACCACUUAUAUGGUGGGCACUGGUCCAUUUAUGGUAGUAGUAGUCGAUGUGAAUAGUGAUAGUAAACCCGAUAUUAUUGUCACAAACUAUGGUUCGAACAAUGUCGGUGUACUCUUGAAUGCAGGCAAUGGUACGUUUCUUUCUCAAACUACUUUCGGGACUAGUACUAGUCCAGCUGGGUUAGCAGUAGCAGAUGUGAGUAACGACAACAAACCAGAUAUUAUUGUCUCAAACCAAGGUUCCGCCAACGUCGGUGUGCUUCUUAAUGCAGGCAAUGGUACGUUUAUUACUCAAGUUAUUUACGCAGCUGGUGCUAGUCCACGUUCAGCAGCACUCGUCGAUGUGAAUAAUGAUGGUGAACUCGAUAUUGUCGCCUCAAACUCGGGUGGAAGUAGCAUUAGUGUUCUCUUCCAUUGCUGA